AAUAAUGUCGGACAAGGACCGAGUGGUCAUAGUCGGUGCAGGAAUCGUCGGUAGCAGUCUGGCGAAAUACCUCUCAUUGCUGCAUGUACCCGUCACGCUGCUCGACCGCUCGUUAUCGACCACACUACCCGAUUCGACAGGUCUCCCACCCGGGUUCGUCGGGCACGUCAACGAGUUGCCCACUUUGACCGAAUUGGCUAAACGGUCCGUUGAGGAUUACAAGAAUAUUCCGGUAGGGUUCAAGUCGGAGGGCUCGAGGCAUCGGUUGGACCUAGCGAACAAGUAUGGGCUCCCAGCUAGAUUUCGGGGGAAGAGGCACGGGGGCUCAAUCCGGCUUUUCGUCAAGAGGGACGUGUUGGCGGCCCUGUUAUUCGAGAACGAUGGGACGGCGGCGGCUCCGACUAUCGCUUUGUACGAUAGGUCCGUCGCCUCAUCUCUUGGAGCGAGGAUGGUCGAGGGGGACGUGAAAGAGCUGGUCAUUGAGCACGGAAGGGUGAUAGGGGUAAAAACGACAGCGGACUUUAUUCCUGCGAACAGGGUCAUCGUGACGACCGGUAUCUGGACCCGACAGUUACUCCCCGACCUCCCUGUCCACCCUGUCGGACACCCGUACUCGCACUCGGCAGAAAGGCCACCCCGUCAGAAGUCUUCGCCUUUCGUCCGAUGGCCGGAAAAUCACGUUUAUGGUCGUGAUCAUGGGACGUACGAUGGGAUCGGGUCUUACGACCACCCAGCUGUAUCGGUAGAUGCCAGCGAGUUGAGGGGCUUUGAUGACGUCUUGAGGAAGGCGUAUGAUCACUGUCCUCCUACAGCUUCGGGGGAGGGUGGUGUCGAUUGGAAAGACGCUAAACCGUUCAACGGCUUGUUCUCGAUGACCCCGGAUAACCUCCCUUUCGUCGGCCGAGUCCAUGGGGAUGAUCGUGAUCCGUCUUCGGGGGUCUGGUGUGCCGUGGCCGUCUGGGUGACUUCGGCAGGAGGAGUAGCCCAGCUCUUGGCCAAGGCGAUGGUCGAAGGGGAAGAGGGGAUGACAGAGGUCGAGCGAGGGAUGUUGAGGGAUCUCGAUCCGAGGCGGUUUGAAGGGCAAGAUCAGGGGGCGCUUAAGGCGACUUCGUUGCGAGCCUACAAUAAUAUUUAUAAUAGUGACGACUAG